CCAUUCACCAUAUCUGCCAUUUUCUGUCAGAGAGAACAGAACUAGUAAGAGUUAUGUUAGCUGAGGCUCGGGGUCCGGAACAGCUGGGUUCUCGAGCGAGAUGGGAGCCUACCAGUGCUGGGAGGAAGAACGAAGCGCAGUUUCUGCAACAUCCUACCCAGCAGGAUACUGGGAUUAUCCAACAACAGCUGGCUGGAAAUCAUCACCGAAAAGUCUCUAGCCAAAAAAGCUGCUUCUUAGGCCUAGAGGUGAAGACAGAGCUUAUCUGGGAGGACUGGUGCCUGCAGAAAGAGUUUACCAAGACAGUAGUCUUAAAGAAUAUACACAGCAAGCUGCAAAAGCUACAUGUCAGACCUCCUGUGUCCAAGUUUUUCACCACCUUGAUACCCCAGACCAUUUUCCUCAGCCCAGGGACAUCUUUCUCAGUGCCAGUCACCUUUAAACCACUCCAGAGGUGUGAGUAUGAAGACUGCCUUGAGUUUUAUUGUAAUGAUGGCAGCUUCCGAGUACACCUCCGUGCCACCAUUCCCUGUCCUGCCCUGGAGGUGCCCGACUCUGUGCUGCUGCCGCUCUCUGCUGUUCGAAACUCUGCACAUACCACCUUCCUGCUCAGGAAUGUUAGCAAACUCCAGACAUACUUCCAGUGGGAGUGUGCUGCACCAUUCCACCUGAGCCCUGAACAAGGCAUGAUGAAGCCAGGCCAGGAGUGUCAGAUCACUGUAGUUUUCCAACCACAAGAGGCACAAGUGUACCAACAACAGGCUUACUGCAGGUUUGGAGAAGAAGAGGAUCAGACAGAAAGCUGUUGCAUUGUGAUCCUCCAAGGACUAGCAAAGUAUCCAUAUCUUCAGCUGAGAACUCCAGAUAACACUGAUGACAAAGAUCAGGGUGGUCCAAAACUGCCCUUUGGAUCCGUGGCAAUCGGCCGAAGUUUGCAGAAAAUCUUUGAAAUUUUCAACCCCUCCCCUGUCCAUGCAUCUUUCCAUCUUUCACUGCUGUCCGAUGACGUGCCUUUGUUAGGGUCAGAAUUCAGCUAUGAUCAGAUGAGUGGGGAGCUUUCACCUGGUGGAUCAUGUCAGGUCACAGUCACCUAUACUCCUACUAUGGCUGAUGUUGUCUCUGUUGAGUACUUAGCUCUCAAAUGUGAUGGAGCACUCUGUGAAACUUUACUGAAACUCACUGGAAACUCCAAAGGUCCUGAAGUGUCCUUGUCCUCUUCUGUGUUGGACUUUGGCUGUGUUGAGGAAGGAGAAAAAGUUGUACUGACACUGGAACUUUUUAAUUCUUCACCUACUGAGGCAAUCUACCAAUGGGACCUUGACUGUAGUGGGCACAGUGUGUUCAGCAUCCAACCAGCAUGCGGCACUGUCCUCCCACACAGCUAUCUCACCCUGAAGGCAGCUUAUAAGCCCACACAGCCUUUUGCACACCACAGAAGAGUUGCAUGUCUCAUAUUGCACAAGGAACCUGUGUUUCUUGACCUGAUUGGAACUUGUCACUCAGAGCUUCAGAAACCUGCUGUGCUAAAACCUGAACACUUGGUCCUGUACAAGCUCAACUGGAACCGCAGACAGGACCAAACUGACCCUUUUAGUGCCAUUCAGCAAGAUGACAACGUGCACUUGGGCCAAGAAGGAGUGCUCAGCCCCCUGAAUGAUCAGUCACAUCAGAGACCAGACAGUGAUGGUGUUUUGUCAAGAACUCCCAUGGAUGAAUAUUUCCUGUCCUGUUUUGGGGGUGUGGAUCCCGUCUCUUCCAGUUCUUCUUUAAAACCUCCCCACGUAUCUGUGGUGCCCACUAAGCUGUUGUUUAAUCACAAAGUAUCAUCCUCUUUUAGUACUUCAUAUACCUCCUCUCAGUCAGUGUCCAUCACCAACCACACCAGAGGGAAACUCAGUCUGGUGUGGACGCUGGCCCAAGACUCUCCAUUCUCCGUCUCCCCCUCCUUAUGUGACCUGGCUCCUCUAAAAUCCACUUCAUUUAGAGUGAAUUUUGACCCUAAGCUUCUCUAUACUCUGCAUGAAGCACAACUAGAGUGCUUUGCAUACAACAAGGAAAGUCAUUACUUGGAGGGACAACUGCUGUGCCCACCCUGGUCAGUGACUGUCAGAGUCAUAGGCCACUCCUUUCAGCCAGGCACCCAGCAUUUCAUCCCAUGUUGCUCACUGAAGCCCCCUAGAGUGAUAUUCCCAGCCCUGAAUGUUCUCUCCUAUCGGACAGUGCUUCUCCAGAACAGUGGAGACCUGCCCCUCACUUUCUCUAUGGACCGUAGCUCAGACCCUGGUUGGACAGAAUCUGUAUCAAUAGUUCCCAGUUGCGGAUUGAUCCAGCCUUGGAAUCACCAAAUCCUCACCCUCAGGGCAACUCCAACAGAAGACAGCCCCAGACAAGGAUUCAGUUUACAUCUACAGCUUAAUGCAUCAAAUCACACAAAGGAAUUGGCAGUUUCUAGUGUGGUAGAAAAGCCGUGUGUGUCUUUGGAAGGAGAUGGCUCUUUAUAUUUUCAGCCGACAGCAGUGGGCUCAAGGACUCAGCGCUCUCACCACAUCAGAAAUCUCAGCUGCCUUCCUCUACAAUUCAAAUGGAGCAUUCCAGAGCAGGACCAGGAGCUUCUCUCUGUUGAACCAGAUGCUGGUGAACUGCAGCCCAAUGAAAGCUUGGUUCAGAUCUGGUCCUUCAGCCCACUGGAAGAGAAAGCAUACACUCUCAAACCUGCUCUCACCUUCUGGCCGAUCCAGACACCUGGAUCAAACAAAUCUCAUCUGGACCUUAAAGUGGUGGGAGUGGGCGCUAAAGGCUUCAUAAAGGCAGAGAAAGACGUUCUGGAUGUUGGAGAGAUUCUGGUUGGAGGAUAUCGCUCAUUUGAGGUUCCUCUAGUGAACAGAAGCCCCUGCCCUGUUUCUUUUUGUCUCUCAGUACAGCAGACUCUUCUGGAUGAGGAACCUAUCCAUGACCCCCAGUCUGUGCCAAAAGCCCUGAAACUGGACUGUGAGAGGGGGACGAUUGCCUCAAACUCAACAAUGCUUCUUCAGUUUACCGUCAGACCACACAGACGAGCCCAGUACCAGUGGAUCAUCAGCUACCAGACACUGAAUGCCAGUGGAAAUGUUUUGUGCCCUCCACAAGCAGUAUGUGAAGUGCUAGCCAAGGGUGUAUACCCCACUCUGCAGGUGACUGAUGUGUCCAGCAGUGGCAGUGCAGCGAGACUCAGGAAGGUGCACCUGUGGAAACUUUUCUCACUGGACAGCCUCAAUGAGCAUCUGAUUUCCAACCCCUCAGCUGCAGAAGUCACCUACAAAACCCCCACCAGGCACAGUUUUCGCCCCUCUCCUUCCACCUUUACCACAACAAUGUUGGAUUUCAAUUUCAGUGCUGCCCCCCUGGAUUCAGACCCCUCGACUUUUAUGCUAAUGUUUUAUAACCCGGGAUCCCUCCCUGUAGAAUGGGCAUUCUUGUUCCCAGAGGAUCAACAGAUAGAUAUAGAGUACUGGGCUGAGACAGGAGAGUUCAGCAGCACUGACCUAUACCAGAUGAAGGUUAAAGAGAACCGUCUAUUCAGUGUUUCUCCCCGCUCUGGAUCUCUGCUUCCUGGCCAGCAGAGGGCAGUGUGCUUCAGCUAUAGCCAUGUCUUCACUGGAAUUGAUCGGUUUCCUGUCGUGUUCAAAAUUUCAUACGGCAGAGAAAUCUUGUUGAACUUUCAGGGGGUGACAGUGGAACCAGACAUCCCAUAUCUCCAUUUUGUCUCCAAGCGUCAUGUCUUUGAUUCUGUAACAAUCGGGGACUGUAAUCCUCCGAGGCAGGGGUAUGAAUUACACAAUGGCGGUGCAGUAUCAGUCUGUUAUAAGGUGGACAGCUCUCAGUUAUCUCAGCUACAGGUGGACAACUUUAACCAUCCAGUGCUGUCCUGCCUAAAUCCAGAGGGUGAAAUCCCCCCUGGAGAGACAACCAUGCUGGACUGGAUAUUCUCUCCAUUAGAGGCUAAGACAUACCAUAUGGAUAUUCAGAUUCAUGUCCAACAUGGAGACUCCACACUGGUGACGUUUGAGGGAUGUGGGUUAAAUUCACCUUCAAUGUGCCCCACAAAACAAUUUAACUGCAGUGAUUGUAGAAUAUCUGAAUCCUGUGUUCAGAGGCUGCCUUCCCCAGAACAGGUGGUGUUCCUACCUGAGGACAGCGUCUCUCUGGGUGACAUUCCUGUGUGCUCAAGAUCCUCAAAAGUCCUCUACCUGACCAAUGUCUCUCACACAGACACCGCCCACUACACAUGGGACAUCCAGCGAAGCAACCAGCAGGUCGUAAUGAUAGAUCCAGAGCGAGGCAUUCUGCAUCCACAGGAGACUGCCCUUUGUUUUCUUACCUUUACUUCUUCUGACUACCCCGCUGAUUAUCAGCUUGAUGUCAUGUGUCAGGUUACUAGGGAAGCAGAACUAACUCAGUAUGAAGAUGCUUUGCAGCACUGGGAGGAAGAAAAAGAGAGACAGCAAGUUGAAUUCACCAUCACAGACAAAAACUGUGCAGAAAGCCAAAAAGUAUUGAUAGAUGAGGAACCUGAACCAGCACCAGUAAGAAAAGCACCACUAUUCAGGAAAUACAAGACUCUUCCUCCUAUUAGUCCCAGGACAAGUUACGAAGCAGUGGGAACUAUUUGUACCAAGAUAACAAGAGCUGAACGACGGGCACAACGAGAAAAAAACAAAAUAUGGAGGCGCCCUAAACCCCCCCAACCAGCUCUGCUGCAUCUGGGCAUCACAGCACACUCACAUGGGCUUCAGGACUACAUCACACACUUCCCUGAUCAAUUCAAUGAGCAUUACAGAUGCCACCAGUUGAUCCUACCUCAGACACCUGGAACAUCCUCUGCAAGCACAUCUUCCCCUCCUUUGCUGCCUUCAAUGACACACAGCCUGGUAAUGGACAUUUCCAUGCAAGUCCUCAACUCUGUACUCAGGGACAUUCUUGAUGAUUCAGCCUUCACAAAGUCCCUGCUAACCAUGGUAUCCAGGCCCGUUACAUACCUGAAGCUUCAAGAAACUUGCCAACCCCCUUCUUCUCCAUCUCAGACUGUAUCCCAGCCUCAGACAAAGGUUGUGCAAAAAGAACAGUACAACCUGGUGGACAGUCAGGAGACUGCAAGAGGAUUAGAAAAAAAGCCUGAAAUAGACAAUGCACUGCACAUGUCCCAUGUGUCUGCUGACGUAAGUGAAGGAGUUCUGCUGGACACCCUCCAGACCCUGAUGGUGGAAGCGGUCCGAGGAGAGCUCAUCCUUACAGUACAUCCACGAAAUGCUACCCUGCCACCUGUUUCUCCCAGGAACAUGACUUCAAAAGCAACGGUUGAAGAGGAGAGAGAAAACAGAAAAGAGCCAACAGAAACUUCCAGCAGGCCGCAUUCUCAGUGUCUUUUAUUUCCUGUAAAUCGAUCACCAGUCUGAGUCAUGAUGUGAAGCAGUUUAUUGUACAUCUUAACACAUCAAAUAAAAGCAUUAAAACUAAAUGUACAUUUCAUUUUGAGUUAAGACAUCUGUUCAAGUGAAUGAAGUAACACUUUUUACAAACCCUAAAGAAAAUUAGGCAAAAGUCAUACAGUGCAUUCAGAAAGUGUUCAGACCCCCUUCACUUUUGCAACAAAAUCCAAAUCAAUGCCAAGUGGGUUUUCAUACAUUUUUCACUGAGGUAUCUGCCAUAAGCCAAGGUUGCUGGAGCUCUGCAGUGAUGGUUGUCCUUCUAGAACUAUAUCCCAUCUCAACACAGGAUCUCUGGAGUUCAGUCAGAGUGACCAUCUGGUUCUUGGUCACUUUUCUUACUUUUUGCUCCUGAUCCCUCAGAUUUG